AUAUAACUGGUGUCCUUUCUACCUUUGAAAUGGUACAUGUAACGUACUGAAGAGAAAAUGUCGGAUAUAUCACUUGUGGAGAAUUGUACACUAAUUCUUGCUUGUGUAUAUUGUAAGCAUGCAGAUAAUGGCAGUGCAGGGAUUGAAUGUACUGCUGAUGACCAUGAUGACAUUCAUCAUUUGCUUGGUUGGGGAAGGAAAUUGAUUGAGUACACAAAAUUGGAGUCAAAAGUCAUGGAAUCGGAAAUUACGAUAUUUUUGUAUAAAUCUAUAAACUAUUGUGAUUUUUUAUAUCAACAUCCUGUGACAGAAUGCAUUGAGUCAAAAGAAAAAGGUCGGGAAAUGAAACAUAAUGGCGAAAGAAGAAUGAACAUUUUACUUCCUGCAAUGGAUGGUUUAUUUCUGCUUCGGAUUCUCAAAUGUAUUAAGAGUUACUUGCAAGAUCAUCAUCAGACACAGACAUCUGAUAGUAUGCCUAAUCAUGAGUGUGAUGGCAGAAAAGGAAGUAGAGAUUCUUGUUGUGGAAAAAAUGGCCAUCAUGAUCCGCAUACUGACAAUAAAAACCACCAAUGUAACUGCAGGAUAUGCAUGAAUAGUCGCCUGAGGUUUACGGAUUUGUCUUCGCAAGAGAUGAACUUGCUCAUUUGGUACCUGAUGGUUCUUGACCAUAUGUCAGAGUCUGCAGAACUUCGAGAUAUUCUUUCUCAGUAUUGCGAUUUGGAUAUUUUACAGGUUUGUGCACGAGGGAUGGGAGGUUUUGACCGCCCAUUCUUCUUGCAGUGGGUGCCUCAGGUACCCAGUUGUCUUGUGAGGUUUAAUGACACAGUUGUGAAUCCUCUCGAGCAAAUCUGCAAAUUCUCCAAAUUGGAGCCGCUUAAGUUGUCCAUAUUGGAUUUUUUUGGACAGAAGGACUGUUUGAAUGUGGAAAUUAAAAGGAAACUGUAUAGAUUGUCGAUAAAUCUUUCUUGUUUUCUUCAAAUUACCAAAGACAUUGUUUGUUACUUGUCUAAAGAAUCUUUGAUGUUAUCAUUUUGUCAAACUUUUCACACACUUAUGGGUAAUUCAUUAUUGUUCACAAUGAUUAACCAUGCUAAACCUGUACCACUUCCAUCUAAAGGACCGAGGGAUGAUGUGAAUGAAAUCAAAAGUGGAAAAACCUCUUUAUCAUCACUAGAAAACACUGUAAGAAAAGACACUACAAGACACCUUUUGAAAGAAUUCUUUCUGCAGCAAGGAGAUUCAACGUGUUUGAAAUAUGAAAACGUAAAAGACAGCUCACAAGAAAUUGAAAAUAUCGGAUUGAAAAAGAAUAAACAGGGUGAGAAAGAUGAAUCAUUUGAAAAGCUGUUAGAUGAAGAGUUUUAUGAAAUGUUCGCUCAUGUGGAGGUACGAAAUCCAGUUGAGGUACUAGUUUAUCCAGCAACACAGCAACUCGUUCUGGAACCCCUUCUUAACAAAUUCUCCAUGCCUGAGAGUACGCCAUCUAAACACGACACAAUGGCCGUGGAAUUUUUGCGCCUGUGUACUAUGCACGACUACCCCAGCACAAAUGGACCGAGUCUACUGCGGCUGGCCCAGGCUGGUUUCUAUUACGAGGGCAAUGGAAUUGAACUUGUCUGCUUCUCUUGUAACUUUCGGAAAGGAAGCUGGAAUUAUCAUGAUUCUCCCCGAGAAAUCCAUCAGAGGAUGUCACCUAACUGUAAAUUCUUAUCACAGAGUGGGGAUGGAAAUGUCCCGAUACCAAGAGAGGAGUCUACACAAGACCCCCCUCAGAGUUCUCCAUUUGUAGGAGAAGUGCAGGCUGAUGGUCCCCGCUCAGCUACCGCAGGGGAGACGCCAAACAACACAGCUCACCUGGCCAGUGCUAAUUAUGGAGAUGGACAGGAACAGUCUCUCCCCCCGAGGCGACCGAUGGUUGUAAAACAUCCCGAGUAUGCAAACCGCUCAACCCGUCUGGCUUCCUACGCUAAUUUUCCACGACACAUGAAACAGCACCCGGCCGACAUGACUGAUGCUGGGUUUUAUUAUGCAGGUUUUGGGGACUGCUGUAGGUGUUACCACUGUGGAAUAGGUCUCAGGAACUGGGAUCCAGAAGACAACCCGUGGAUAGAACACGCACGCUGGUCGUCAGAAUGCCCAUAUAUUCUGAAAGUAAAGGGCCAGGCCUUUAUUGACCUCGUGCAGGAGGCAGCCCGAGCCGCAGAAAUGGCCGAGGAUGAUGACAGUGAAGGAGAGGGGGACAGUGUUGGCAGUAACAAAGAUGCCAGCAAUGAGAAGACAGGGGCAAGUAACUCUUCAUCAGGAGAGUUGACAGGAAAUUCACAAGCUUGUGAUGAAAUAGAAAAUAAUGUGGCCAAGACCUCGGAGGCCACUGUCAGCAAAGGUGUGUCCUCUGGGGACAGCGGUUUUGGCUCAGGGAGUACAGUUCAGGCUCAGCCAAUCAAAGCACCCCUACGGACUGCUGCUGCACAGAGUCUAAUCCAUGAGGAAAAAAUCAAACCAAAAUAUGUCACAGCAGCCAUAGAGGACUUGGUGAAGGCGGAAGGAUGGGGAGCGUUUACUAAAGAGAACAUCAGAAAGUACCUGAAAAUCAAUGAAGAGAAGGGAAACUCAGCACCCUCAGCUUCUAAUGCUGAUCCCGAUGUGCUGAAGCAACAGAAUAAAGAGUUAAAAGACCUGACUGUCUGCAAGAUUUGUCUGGAUGAGAAAGUCUCCAUCGUCUUCUUACCCUGCGGUCACCUGGUCUCCUGUCCGCAGUGCGCCCCCGCCCUCACGAAAUGUCCAAUCUGUAGAAAGGGCAUCAAGGGUACUGUGAGGACCAACCUGGUGGAGAAAAGCGCCUCCAAAUAGUGUGUGCCCCAGAAGCAGUUCGUGCAAGAAUCGGGUGAUUGGUAAUUCAUGGAUUGUGUUGAUGUCAUAUAUUGUCUCAUUUAACACUAUUGUUUUAUUUCUGAAUGUGCAGUCUUUCAGCAUAAAGGUAUUGCGAUUGAAUACUAUGACAUGUACAUAUUUCUGUAACAUAUUUUCAGUUUAUUGGAGCUGUGUUCAUUAUCGUAACAUUCAUAAAAGUCAUUUUAAUCAUCAUCUUAUGAAUCGGUGAUAGAACGAAUACAUGCAUAUUAUCACUCGUAUGUAUCUCAUCAGUAUUAUACAAGGACUAAAACAUUUAAUGAAAGGGAUGACUUGAGUUUAGAUAUUUGUCAGUUCCAAAUAAUGGAUAGCUUCAUCAGCACAUACACAUUAAGUCCAUAAAAUUUGGUAAUGAUGUGGAAAAAUCUAUGUAUGGUAACAGGAGAUUUCUCAUGAAAUGAUCACGUGAGUGAGAUGAAUGCUGGGUUUGUAAAAUAUCAAUCACCUUUUUCGUAAUUCAUGUUGGACUACUUUUUUUCCCCGGAUUCUUGCAUGGACUGCUUCUUAUGUGGGGCGAUUUCUUUCGUGAUUUAAUAUGUACAAUGUAGGUGUGUAUUUUAUAAAAAGUUUUCUUUUUUCACAAGAUUGCAGAUAGUGUUUAAAUAUAACACAAUGCUUGUACAUGUACGUGGUCUCAAUCUUUUCAUGGUGAUACAAUUUUCAUGUUAAACAUCACACGGGUAUAUAGUGUAUAUCAACAGACAUGUAGAAUGGGAAAUUACCUGCAGGAAAUACGAUAUAUUGAACUGUGCUAAGAGCGUUUGAUACUUGGAUUUGAUGUAAACUUGACUUUUGUAGUUUUAAAAGUAUCAUUUUCAAGAUUACCAGUUAAAGACUCUCGUUGGGACAGUUUGACUAAUUGCAAGAAGUAAUGUCUGCUAAAUGAAGCAUCAUGUUUAUAUAUCCAAGCUAUGUUUUCUUUUUCAUGCAGGGCAGGUUUUACAAAGGAAAACAAAUAAAAAAAAGUGAAAGAAAGUUUAUGAAAAAAAA